AUGAAGUCAGCCGGGGGUGCUGCGUCCGACCUGGAGGAGCUGGAGAGCGGCGGCAGCGAGAGCAGCUCCGGCGCCUCCCUGCCUCCGGCCGGGGCCCCCAGCAAGCGCAAGCGGAAGAGCCCCCGGCUGAGCGGCCUGAGCAAGCAGAGGCAGGCGGCCAACGCCCGCGAGAGGGACCGGACCCACAGCGUGAACACGGCCUUCAGUGCGCUCCGCACGCUCAUCCCCACCGAGCCGGCCGAUCGCAAGCUGUCCAAGAUCGAGACCUUGCGCCUGGCCUCCAGCUACAUCUCCCACCUGGCUAACAUGCUGCUCUUGCAGCAGCAGCAGCAGCAGCAGCAGAGCGAGAGCCUGGCAGAAGAGCCGGUGCUGGUGAGGCAGCCCUGCCUGCAAUAUCAGCCCCUCCAGCAGGGUGGCGGCACUGCGACAACACCCCGAGCCAUCUGCACCUUCUGCCUGAGCAACCAGAGGAAAUUGCACAGAGAAAGGGAGAAACACUUGUCUCUUUAA